AUGGGCGAUAAAGUAACAAGUAGUGAGUGGAUUGAUGCUGAAUUGUUUCAACCUUUUCAACGUACGUUUUUAUUUGUUCUGUUUGAUAUUUUACAAUUUAACUUUGAUAUACGAACGUUUACAACAUUGUUUUUGUUAAUUUAUUGCAGAUGAACAGGCCUUGUUGUACGAACAUGCUGAAUGUGUAGCUACUAGGGCAUUUUUGAAAAUGGUCAACUUACCUUUUAGUUUAGAACAACGUCCUAAUGCUGAGUUUAUGUCGCCGGAUGGCACUGUGCCAUUUUUAAAACUUCAGAAGACGUUAAUUUAUGGCUUUUCGAACAUUGUGGACUUUGUAGCUCAAAAGGUAAGUUGGUAUUGGUUUUUUAUUAUUCUUUUAGGGUAUUAAACUUGCCAAUACGUUGAGCGAUGCCGAAAUUGCUGACAUGAAUGCGUUAAUGGCUUUGAUCAGGGACAAUUUGUUGAACGCCGAGGUAAUUUCAUGUUUUUAAUUUAAUUUUUUUAAAAAUUUUUUAAAUUUAUUUAUUUGACUAUAGAAAUAUUUUUGUUGGAAAGAUGCUUCAAACUACUCGACAGUCACACGAAAACGAUAUGGAAGUGUAUAUCCGAUUCCAUUGAAGUGGUGGUUGCCAUACCUCAAGAGAAAUGAACUUAUUGGUCAAUUGAACGAUCUGGGAUACGGACAGAAGUCGAUUACAGAGAUUGUGAAGAAGGGCGAAACUUGCUUUAACGCGUUAAGUGUCAAACUCGGUAAUCAAAAGUACUUGAUGGGAGACGAACCAACAGAAUUGGACGCUUUGGCAUUUGGGCACAUUUUCAGUUUAUUAACUACAGAGCUGCCGUCUAUGCAUUUGACGCAUGCUUUGAGAAGGCAUGAAAAUUUGGUGAGGUUUUGUUGCUCCGUCGACGAAGAGUUUUUUGCUUGA